GGGUCCAUGCUUUCCGGAAUCCUUGGGACGUCACAACUCUGACGUUGCCCUAUUGAAGUUGACAUGUAAAAUGGUUAAGGUUUAGGUAAGGGUUACGGUUGUGGUAAGGUAAGGUUAGGUUAGGGACGUCCCAAGGAUUCCAUAAAGAACUAACCCAAGUGAGAGGGCGGUAGUUGGGCGGAGCGUCGCAGUAACUACAAGCAGAACCAGACCCCUUUGAAAGCACAGCGGAUAGAAAUAGUGAAAAUAGCAGGCUCGCUAUCUAGAAGAAGGUGCUGUCUUUCCAACCAUAUUUCGAAUAAACGAGGGUGACUACCUCAUGAAGCUGGUUGGGAGAAUGUCAAGCGUGUGCAAAGCUGUCAUCAAGGCAAAUGUUGGCUAUUUGCAGAAUAAAUAAAGGAGCCAACAGACCUGGUGAUGAACGGUGACUCAGGUGCUGGGGUGGUGACUGCCCUCCCGCCCACCACCGCCCCCCACAAGGAGCGCUACUUUGACCGUGUGGAUGAAAGCAGCCUAGAGUACCGGCGUGAGAGAAACAUGGCUCCAGACCUCAGACAGGAUUUCAACAUGAUGGAGCAGAGGAAGAGGGUCUCCAUGAUCCUGCAGAGCCCGGCAUUUUGUGAUGAGCUGGAUACGAUGAUCCAUGACCAGCUGAAGAGGGGAAAGACUCCCACCAGCCUAUUGGCCCUGCAGCAGAUAGCUGACUUCAUGACCACCACUAUCCCCACCAUGUACCCUGCAGCGCCACAGGGAGGCAUGGCUGCACUCAACAUGAGUCUGGGUAUGGUAACUCCAGUGAAUGACCUGCGUGGAUCUGACUCUAUCUCCUAUGAGAAAGGAGAGAAACUGCUUCGUUGUAAGCUAGCUGCCUUCUACCGCCUGACAGACCUCUUUGGCUGGUCCCAGCUCAUCUACAACCACUUAACCGUCAGGGUGAAUUCAGAUCAGGAGAGGUUCAUUAUUGUCGCUUUUGGGCUUCUGUACAGUGAAGUCUCCGCCUCCAGUCUGGUGAAGAUUAAUAUGCAAGGGGAGAUUGUGGACCAGGGGAGCACCAAUCUAGGGGUCAACCAGGCUGGCUUCACUCUCCACUCUGCCAUCUAUGCAGCCCGGCCAGACGUUAAGUGCAUUGUGCACGUCCACACACCGGCAGGAGCUGCAGUGUCGGCCAUGAAGUGUGGCCUGUUACCCAUCUCUCCAGAGGCCCUGACCCUGGGGGAGGUGGCUUACCAUGACUACCACGGCAUCAUCAUAGACAAAGAGGAGAACGUCCUCAUACAGAAGAACCUGGGGCCAACCAGCAAGGUUCUGAUCCUGAGAAACCAUGGUCUGGUGUCUGUUGGGGAGACUGUGGAGGAAGCCUUCUACUAUAUCCACAACCUGGUCACUGCAUGUGAGAUCCAGGUGCGCACCCUAGCCAGUGCUGGAGGACCUGGUAACCUGGUGAUGCUGGACCCUGCUAAGUACAAAUCCCGGCCACGGUGCUCUGAGCAUGUCGAGGGCUCCACACACCCGAAAUGGCUGGUCGGGGAGCAGGAGUUUGAGGCUUACAUGAGGAUGCUGGAUAACCUGGGUUACAGGACAGGCUACCCCUACAGGUGCCCUGCCCUGCGAGACAAAGCUAAAAAGUUCCGCAGCGACGUAGAGAUCGCUCCCUCGGCCACGGGCUAUUCCUAUGCCGAGGACGGUGACUCGGGCGCUCGCUCCCCUCUCAAGCACAGCUUUCAGAGGCAGCAGCGUGACAAGACCCGCUGGCCCAACUCGGACCGGCCGGAAGAGGCCUACGAGGAAGGGCCCGACGGUGGCAGCCCCAAGUCGAAGACUAAGGUGUGGACGAACAUUACACACGAUCACGUCAAACCCUUGCUGCAGUCUCUCUCGUCCGGUGUCUGCGUGCCAAGCUGUAUUACCAACUGCUUGUGGAUGAAUGAGGAAGGGAUGCGGCAGGCUGCAGUAGCCAAUCAGUUUGUCCCGCUCAACACAAACCCCAAGGAGGUGCUGGAGAUGAGGAACAAGAUCCGAGAGCAGAACCUUAAGGACAUCAAGACUGCAGGGCCUGAGUCCCAGGUGCUGUGUGCUGGAAGCAUGGUGGACCGCUCCUUUGUCCAGGGAGAGCUGGUGACAGCAUCUAAGGCCAUCAUAGAGAAGGAGUACCAGCCCAGAGUCGUCAUCAACCAGAAAGGCCCCAACCCCUUCAACAAGCAGUUUGACCAGGAGCUGGAGGAAUACCGCAAGGAGGUGGAACUCAAACAGAAAGGACCCGAUGUACAGGGUGAAGGGUACUCCACAGCCAGGACACAGCUCCCUUCACCUGGGCCUGGGGAGGGAGGCCUGUCCCCCUCUACCUCCCCACAGAAGCCUGCACUGAAGCCAAAGCCCCGCUGUGUCCCAGAGAAGGGACUGGAUGUUUCAGAGACCCCCUCCACGGCCACCCCUACCACCACCACCUCUUUCCCCAGCCGAGACACCCUGACACAGUCGGGGGAUGGUCAGGAGAGCCCUGGGACGUCCACAGGGUCGGGGCCCAGGGCCUACGGCGGAGAUUCCCACCCAGAGUCUCCUCACAAGGAUUUUCACUGUGCUGUGCUGAAGGCCCUCAGAACCACCAACACAGAACUGGCUGCCCUCACCCUCCUUGAGGCUCCAGAUGCGUUACCGGAGCCUGAAGAAGAGGUGAAGGGUCAGAGUCAGACCUGCACGCCCCCCAGCACCCCUGUCAGAGCAGAGGAAGAGCCCCAGUCGGAGCGCACCUAUAAGUAUGAGAGUGACCAGGCUCCACUGAGACAGACCCUCCCUGACCUGAGCCAAGACGACGAACCCUCCGCCACCCCAGCCCCCACCCUCCCCGCUAAAGACCCCACUCCUGUCCCUCCCGCCACCACUGAGGGAGAGGGGCCUGCUGACGCUUCCGCCGCCGGCAACCAAGACUGUGAACAGGACGGUGACGAAUAUCUCAGCAAAUCACCUUCCAAGAAGAAGAAGACGUUCCGCACUCCCUCCUUCCUCAAGAAAAACAAAAAGAAGAUGGAAGAAAAGGAACAAAAAGCAAAGGAAUCGUAGAUGAGACCUCCGCCUGCACACCCCUCUCACGCUUUGUAACCCUUUGCUUCCCCUUGAGUGAGCCACAACCCACAAUUUGAUGUUGAUGCUUUUUAUAAUUUGUUUGUCUGGCAUUACAACUUUGUGGGCACCUCCUAGUGUGUGUGCUAAUUUUAUAUAAAAAGGGUCGAAAUCACUUACGAAGUUGCUUUCAUUGGUGAAUGACUGUGCAUUAAGUCUGGUUCAGUGUGGCUUGUUACGCAUGCUGUCUAUUUAGGCCCACUACUUGGAGUGAGCAGUGCAUUUUUAUUUUCAAAUUAUGAUUAUUUUGUAAUAGUUACUGAAACUCGAUUAACCACUACAAUGUUUUGGGAUUGUAUCAAGGUGUGUGUGUGUGUCCUCCCCCCCCAAAAAAAAAAUGAAAAUAAGCUUUUACUCCGGCAUUUAACUGGUGGUAACCGAUUCAAAAUGUAUGAACUGCAUGGUUCUAAUUUCAGAUUUCUAACAUUUCUAACAUUAGCGUAAAAUCUGUUCACUCAAACAUGGGGUCCAAGUUAGGUUUCUCUUGGCCUAUGGCCCGUGAGAACUCAAAUCAUGUCAAGAAUAGCAUAACAACUCUUAAUCUGAAUUUGACAUUCUGUCACUCUCGUACCUCUUCCAUCAACCAGGGUUUAGUGGCACCUGGUGAGAGGGAGGACUGCUGCUCCAAUCACAAAGACACAAACAAACGGGACCUAAGAGGACAGAUACAGUACUAGACAGAAUACAAAUGUAUUUUAUAUAGUUAAUGAUAUAGCUAUAGUCAAUUUAUUUUGUUAUUCAAAAAAAAUCUUAAUUUAGCCAUUUUCACUUGCUGUGAGAGCACUGUGAACUAAAGCACCACAGCCUGGACUGCUGUUUUUUAACCGUUGCUUUUAGAGGAAACAGUAGGUCAGCCUGGAUCCAAACUGAAAUUCAAAAAUAACAAUUCAGGCUGGAUUCAGGCUACCGAUAAGUAUAUAGGGAAUGUUGGAAUACAGUUGUUUUGAAGCCACAUCGCACCAUUUUAACACUGCAUGCAUGAUCAGUGACCACACUGCAAUGGACUACUCUGUGAACCCCCUCUGAAAUUAAAUAACUGUCUCAAGAAAACAUCUCGCUUUCAAGUUGCAUUCAAGAUACUGGAGUUCAUGUAAUCUAUCUGUUGGUGUGAUCUUACAGCCUGGUCCCAGAUCUAUUUGUGCUGUCACACCAAACAAUGGUAAUAGGAAUGGACGAAAUUAAACAUCUGGGACAAGGCUAGCGAUCUUACACCUUGGCUUUUUUUUUUUUAAGUUGUCAGGCAGAGGGGCAUUGAUACCGGACCAAUGUCAUGAAUGAAUCCCACUUGCCUGUGAAGCUUGGUUUUAGACCACUAUCAAAACCUAGCCUGGUCCCAGUUCUGUUAGUGCUGUCUUUACCAAUGGUAUAAAGGACCAUAGGAGUUGGCAAGAUGGCACAAAUGGAUCUAUGACCAGGCUACUAUCAACCUGGUAUAUUACAUGAUUGAUACAAGCUGAGGACAUUAGCCUGUUCCCUGAAGAACCGCAUGACAUUAAACUAAGGCCUUGUAUUGUUUGUUGUCUCUACAUUAUGACUGUAACUCCCUUUUACUUAUUGUUAGUAUUAUUAGCACAAUAAUAGCAAAGUCCUUAGUCAUUUCUUCACUUUAAGUCACUUAGAAUUGUUUUAAACUUGCAGCUAAGCUGUUCCCCCAUUACACAAAUGUGUAAUUCUACCAUUUAUAGACUACCAUCUCUUUUUCACUGUACUGUUUCUUUUUGUUCAAUCAUUAAUAAAAAUCCUUCCUUCAAACAA